AUGUGCUGGAGACCCCUGUGCCGUUUCCUGUGGCUUUGGUCCUGUCUGUCCUAUGUUCAAGCUGUGCCUAUCCAGAAAGUCCAGGAUGACACCAAAACCCUCAUCAAGACCAUUGUCACCAGGAUCAAUGACAUUUCGCACACGCAGUCGGUGUCCGCCAAGCAGAGGGUCACCGGUCUGGACUUUAUUCCCGGGCUCCACCCCAUCCUGAGUUUGUCUAAGAUGGAGCAGACUCUGGCAGUCUACCAACAGAUCCUCUCCAGCCUGCCUUCCCGAAAUGUGGUGCAAAUAUCUAACGACCUGGAGAACCUCCGAGACCUUCUCCAUCUGCUGGCCUCCUCCAAGAGCUGCUCCCUGCCUCAGACCAGUGACCCGCAGAAGCUAGAGAGCCUGGAUGGCGUCUUGGAAGCCUCACUCUACUCCACAGAGGUGGUGGCUCUGAGCAGGCUGCAGGGCUCUCUACAGGACAUUCUGCAACAGUUGGACCUUAGCCCCGAAUGCUGA